UUUAUUUGACCCCCAAAAAAAAAAGGAAAAAAAAAAAGGAAAAAGUCUCAAACUUCAAACGCCAAUGAACAAAAACACAUGGAUCUCCAAAUCCCGCAAGACUUCAAAUACUUGAAUCAAUCCCACUCAACAAGAAGAAGAAAAGCUUAAACCUGGCUCCUGAUAUCUGGAAACGCCUCUUCCCUCCACGAAGAACCAGAAGGCCAAUCUUCCCUCUCCAAUUUCCAACCGGGAUAGUUCGGCCAUUGCCAAUCAAUCCCAGAAUGGAGAUAAACCUGUUCAAGUUAUGCUCCGGCCUCAAAGUCAUCGGCUACUUCAUGAUCCUCUUGGUUGCCGCCAUAAUUUCCCUCUCCUACUACGCCGUCGUUGUGGUGACUUGGGGCCCAGAGCUGCUCAGCGGCGGGCUCCACUCUUUUCUAGCCUUCUUCAUCAUCAUUCUCUUCCACUUUCUGCUUAUAAUGUUAUUGUGGAGCUACUUUAUGGUUGUCUUUAAAGACCCGGGUUCUGUUCCCAACAAUUGGAAACCUCUAACAGAGGAGGAAGUUUUGGAGGCUGGUAGUUCUCUGACUUUGUCAGAAAGUAUAGAACCCGAGGCUUUCACUUCCACACACUCUGCAGAUGGACGAGAAAGAAGACCACAAGUAGGAUAUUGUAGUCGAUGCCAAAACGGGAAGCCACCACGAUGCCAUCAUUGCUCUGUUUGUCAAAGAUGUGUACUUAAGAUGGAUCACCAUUGUGUUUGGGUGGUGAAUUGCGUUGGUGCACGCAACUACAAGUUUUUUCUUCUUUUCUUGCUGUAUACAUUUCUGGAGACGACAAUGGAUACCUUCAUUUUGCUACCAAAUUUUAUCGAUUUUUUCUCUGAAGCCAAGAAUCAUUCAACAUCCCCUGGCAAUCUUGCAGUUAUUUUUUUGACUUUUGUGCUUAAUUUAGCCUUUGCAUUGAGUCUUCUUUGUUUCGUGGUUAUGCAUGUGUCCCUUCUGUCAAGCAACACCACUACCAUAGAGGUUCAUGAGAAGAGAAGAGGAAUCAGAUGGAAGUAUGACUUGGGUAGGAAGAAGAAUUUUGAGCAGGUUUUCGGCACAAAGAAGGCACUAUGGUUUUUCCCACUGGUCUCAAAGGAGGAUUUAAACAACAUGCCUGCUCUUCGGGGCCUGGAAUUUCCGACACUUUCCGAUGGUGAGGGUUGAUGCUUGGUGAGGCCAUUAAUUUUUAUCUCCUUCCAGCCAUUCAAAUAUUUUCACGACUCAUAUAUGUUGGAAAUAUUGGGUCUGAAAAGGUGCAGUACCGUGUUUAGUUUAAUCAGUGUUUGCAGUCUUUAGUUUAAGAGGAUCUGUAUUAGGCUCGAGUUUUUUCUUUUUUACACACUGGAAAUUGGCUUCAGAAGGAUCAACCCAACAGGAAACAGAUUGCUUGGGUAAAAAAACUCGGCUAGCCACACAUCAAUUUAUAUACAGAAUGUUUUUUGUAGUCCAUUUCUUUUGCUUCAUCCAAACUGUAGAAGUGUACCGCAAUUGCUUUGGUAUCCAGAGGAAACUGUUUUUGCAGUAGCUAA